AUGAUAUUUUGUGAUAGUGUUAAAGAUAACAAGUGUUUAGAUCAUAAUAGAUCAUUGGAAUUAAUAUGUUUCGACUGUAACACACUACUUUGUAAACAAUGUAUUUCCAAUCACAGUGACCACACCUCCACACAUGUCGAUGAUAUCAAAGAAAGUGUAACAUCAGAUUCAUAUUUCAGCUAUAUAAAUAGGAAACUUUCUGAUUCAUCAAGUCAAAAUAGUAAUAGUAGUAGUUUUAGUAGUGGUGGUAGUAACAGUAACAAUAAUAGUCAAACUAAUCUUCAUAGUAUUUGUGAUAAUAGUAGUCAAACGAAAAACAUUGGAAAAAGAAACAGAUCGAAAUUCAACAACGUCAAUAUCAGCAUCAAUGAAAUGUUUGAUAAUUUGAAAAAUAUGUCUUUUAUCUUUCACCAACUACAGAAAACAGAGGAUGAAAUUUCCAAUCACUUCCGAGAAAUUCAUGAAUAUCUCGUAAUUGAAGAACAUCGUUUGAAAAAACCAAUAAUCAAAGAUAAAGAUAAAUUAAUCAUUGAAAUAGAUAUACUCGUUAAGCAAUUGGUUUCCAUGAAUAAAAUUAUUGAAACAAUAAACAAUAGUAAUAAUAAAAUUAAUAGUAGUCAAAGUAAUAGUAGUAGUCAGAAUAGUAGUCGCAGUACUCAGAACUCUUAUAAUAGUCAACAAAAUGAUGAUAGCAACUACACAGAUACAACCAAUCAAUAUCAAAUAGAAACAAUUAUUCAAACGAUUCAACAAUCUUUGGAUUUGAAUGAUUUCAUUACAAGAAAUAUCAAUUCAAUCUUUUAUGUUGAUCUUCGUCACAACAAUAAGAUUGAUAAGAGUACUUUGGAUAUAUCGAUUCUACAUUCAAUAAUAAAGUUUAAUAAUACUUUUAAGUCUAUGGAGUCAUCUCAUCAACAACUUCAAACCAAAUCUUUGAAACGGUUAAAAUUGGAUUCAAAGAAACUCCAAACUUGGAAAACCUCUAUUAAUAAGUUGUUUCAGCUGGUGAAUGUUAGUCCGGAUCUUUAUGUAUUCGAUGGCAACUAUAUAUUUUCUGUUGAUAGGAGCAAUAGGCUGUCAUUAAUAUCGAUUCCAACGGGGAAUAACCAAGUUCACAAGAUCCAUUCAAUCAGAGGAGAUAUCAAUGACGCCUGGUCAUACAACUCAACUGUUUGUGUUGGAAAAUACAUCUAUUCUUUUGGCGGUGCCGGACUUUUAUCGUCUAACAAAUACCAAAGAUUCUCACUGGAAUCAAUGUCUAUUGAUAUCAGUGGAACGAUGACAUCGAUUAAACCGACAACUUUUAUUUCGGCGUGUUACGAUGGCAACAAGUAUAUUUACCUUCUCGAUGGUUUUGGAAAGGAGAACACUGAAGUAUAUCGAUACGACAUUGAAACAAUGAAAUUCGAAUGUUAUUCAACUCUCUUUCUCUAUGGUGGAUGUCAUGAACUCUCAUUCUUUUACCAGAAUCAAAUGUACACCGUUCAAACAACAGGAAUAAGAAAGAUCGAUCCUUUUACAAAAUCUUGUAUAGAGUUACCGAGACUGGACAACACUCAAUUCACUAAAUAUAUAUCGAUGGAAUCUACUGCUGUCUGUGAAGAUGGCAAAGGAAAUAUCUACACUCAUUCAGGAUCGAAAUUUAUUGUUUUAAAUCUGAAUACCAAUGAAAUCAGAGAACUGACACCAGCCAAAGAUCUUCUAAUGGUUGACCACAGGAUGAUUUACACCAGCAACAACUAUAUCUAUGUUCUCCAAGGACUGUUCUUCAACUACCGAUAUUCAAUUGACAAUGAUAAAUGGGAAUCAAUACUUCAAGAUGAUAAAUCCGAGAGAUAUUGUCGUGGACUUGCAUUGAUUACAAUUUAA